AUGAACCAGGAUAGUCAAAGCUUACUCCCACGCUUUGGGGAAAUUGGGCACAUAGUUGAUAUAGCCAACUACCACCUAGACCCCACAAAGUCGAUAACUAACCCUGAUCCAACAUGGGAACCUUUAGCCGGAACAUCUAUCAUAACAUGGGUGGAUAGAAUCAUCAGCAUCCCAUGGAAUGAAUACACUUACUUUGGAGGAAGCAUAGAAUUUGGCGAAAAUCUAAUGAAUAAUUUCGUGAGGAAUGACAACUCAAUUAUGAAACAAUUUCAAAGCGAAUGUUUGGUGGCUGUUAUUCAUGGAUUGUAUCGGUCCUAUUAUCCAUCCGUCACUGGUAAAGUCUUGAGUUCUUUUAUGUUAUCUUAUAGCACGAGAUCAAGGAGACAAAAUAUAACAAAUGUUGCACAAUAUUUCUUCAUCCAAGCAAAGUAG